AUCGCGGGACGGAGUGGGCGGAGCCAACGCGCGGGGAGAGAUAUAAAGCCGCUCGGGAGACGCUGCGGCCAGUCGACAAGGAGGCGGAGAGAGAAAGGCAUGUCGGUCCGUCGUCUGCAACUGAUGCGAGCGUUUCUGCUGGCGUGCCUGGCGGGCGCCGCGGCCGCGACCUGCCCCUGCGCUUGGGAUCCCUCGGCGAGCAGCCUGGCCUGCGGGGACCUCGGCCUCACGGAGGUCCCCACGGCCUGCUUUGACGCGCACCCGGGCGCGAGGACUCUCAACCUCACCAGCAAUGAAAUAACGCAACUCAGACGAAAGGACUUCAGCGGCAAUGUCGAUAACCUGGAAGUCCUCCUCAUCGACAACAACCCCGUCAGCAUGUUCUAUCCUGACGCGUUUGCAGAGCUUGCUAAUCUGCAGGAAGUCAGUAUCCAGACCACCGUGUUUGCUGCCAUUUCAUCCAGGCCUUUUCAGGAACAACCCAAAGCUGAAUAA